AGAGCAGACUGUGUUUGAAAAUAGCCUAUCGCUGGUGAAGCGCUGUCAUAUGAUAAAACUAUUAACACGGAAAUUAAGAACAGCAAGUAAUUUUUUCAGAAGCUUUAACAGCAUGGCACAGGCAAAAAGAUAUUUUAUAAAUAAUCUACCCGAUUAUCCGGGAGGCGAAGCGAUUCCAAAAAGUCAAAUCGAGAAGUGGUGUUGGGAUGUUAUCAAUUGCAUCGCUAGCAGACAAGGCAAAUCUCCAUCGGAUUGCGAUGGAGGAUUAUACGUAGGAAUCGCUGGAGUUGCGUACAUGAACUAUUACAUAUCCACUCUACCUCAUUUUGCCGAUAGAAAAAAUGAAUUAUUAAAAUCUGCAGAAAGUUAUUUAUAUCCGUCUUUAUCCUACGCCGAAAAGUCAAGUAGGAGGGAUAAAGUCGGUUUUCUUUUAGGAGCAUCUGGAGUAUAUGCUGUUGCUGCUUUAAUUAUGGCUGAAUUAGGAAGAGAGAAGGAAUGUUUGCAGUUAUUAGAGAAAUAUGCUAGCUUAGUUGAUGUUUGUCUGCCUAUUAAUUUUUUUGGUCACGGUUCUGAUGAACUGUUAGUUGGUCGGGCCGGAUAUAUGUGUGGAAUUUUAUUGCUGAAUAGUAAAUUCAAAAGAGAAAUUGUAACAAAAGAAAAAACUUAUGAGUUAUGGAAUGUCAUGAUUCAGUCUGGUAAGGAGUAUGCAAGAAGACAUCGAUCGCAGAGUCCAUUAAUGUAUGCUUAUUAUGAUACAGAAUAUCUUGGAGCAGCACAUGGUCUUUCAGGAAUUCUUCAAAUGCUUUUGUCAUUUCCUGAAUUUUUGUCUAGAAAUCCUGAGGCAGAACAAACUAUAAAAGGUGCUGUAGAUUUCAUGUUAAAUUUACAAACAGCUAAUGGAAAUUUUCCUUGUGCCAUGGAUGAAGUGACACAUCCAAGACCAGAAAGAGAAGAAUUAGUACAUUGGUGUCAUGGUGCACCGGGAGUUAUUUAUUUAAUGGCUAAAGCAUUCUUAAUAUGGAAAGAAGAUAAAUAUCUCAAAUCGUGCCUUCGAUGUGGUGAACUUGUAUGGAGAAAAGGAUUAUUAAGGAAAGGACCGGGAAUAUGUCACGGUGUCGCCGGAAGUGGUUAUGUUUUUCUUCUUUUGUAUCGUCUUACUGGUGAACCCAUUCAUUUGCAGAGAGCUAUUCAAUUUGCAUCUUUCAUGUUUACAGAUGAAUUCAAAUCUGCUAGAACACCAGAUUCACCUUACAGUUUGUAUGAAGGUUUUGCUGGCACAGCUUGUUAUCUUGCAGAUUUAUUACAGCCAGAAAAAGCAGAAUUUCCUUUUUUCAAUGUAUUUUAAAUUCUGAAAAUAGUUUUAAUGCAAGCGUUGCAUGCAUUAAAUCCACUUUGUAAAAAGUUGUUUCUUUGUUAAUUACAAACAUCUAACAAUUUUUUCUGAAAAUCAAUUGGUUUUCUUAAAUUAUGUAUUUUAUAAAUGCAAAUAACAUGUAAUGAAAUCUUUGAGAAACUCAAAUAGAAUACUGUUUUACUAGAUUUAGACUACACAAUAUAUUUAGCAAACUAAUCCUAAUAAUAGUUUUCAAAUAGAAUUAAUUAGACUUAAAUGCUAGAAAGUUAAAUUAAAAUAUAUGCUUUUAAACAGGGCAUUCCACUUGAAAGUAACCACUGGUUUUAAUUUGCUAUAAAACAUGAAUGGUUUAAGAUACAUAAAAGCAACAAGUGGCAUCUGGUGGGAAAAUUCAUCAAGUUUUAUAGAAAUUUUUUUGUAAUUCAAGAUGGUGCAGAAGUUGAAUUGUGAGCAUUAUUGUUCAGUCAUGGCUUUGCCACAGGAUAAAGUGCAUGUGGUUUAGUAUGCCCAAUAGCGUGGCUGCCUAAUUUCUUUGUGUGGUUACAUGAAAGAUAUAUGGUGUAUGCAACUUUGGUCAGAGGUCUUCAAGAUCUUUAGGAGUGCAUCAUCACAGCCAUUGCCACUAUAAGAAGACAUGCUUCUACGUAUGCUGUACAUAGCAGGAAAUUUCCUAUUGCUUUAAUGUCAAUAUGACUGCUGGAGCAUAUGUAGAGAUAACAAAUUU